CUGGAUCUGACACUGUUCCCAAGCCUGCCAUUGAGUGGGCUGCGAAUCAACAUUUUGUCGUUGGGUAUGACAUUAUUCUAAACUGUUCCCCCAUAUGGAAAGAAGUGGUGUUUAGAUGGGAACUUCCAAAAACCAUAUGCAAUUCAUCCAUUAGCACAGAUAUGAACUUCAACCAACGACGAUCUACCCAAAAUCGCUCAAACAGCACUUAUGAAGUCAGUACCCUGCACAUAAAGAAUGUGACUAUAAAGGAUAGUGGAGAAUACAAGUGCAAAGUGACAGCAAAAGAGACCCAGAAUCCAUACAUCAAUCUCUCAAGUGUGCCUGAAGUCAAGCUGGAUGAGGGUGAUACACUGAGGUGGAAAACUGAGGUAACUCUGGCUAGCAUGAAUGAUGGAAUCAUGGCUGAGGAAAAAAAAGCUUCGUAA